GAACAUUCUCGAGUGAUUACUCGCAAAGAAGCUGAAACAUAUGCACGAAAAAUGCAAACCUUGUUUAUUGAAUGUAGUGCUAAAACUAGGGUUGGUGUUAAAGAAGCUUUCGACGAACUUGUUACAAAGGUUGCUUUAAUUCAUUAA